CUCCUCGUCAGCGGAGGAGACGGCGCAGGCUUCCGCAGGCCCGUGAGCGGGGCGGUUGUGGGCGCCGCCGCUGUGGAUUAUUGUGUGCCUGUAAGUAAUCCAUGAAGUGCCAACAUGGGAAAGAAACGGACAAAAGGGAAAAUCGUUCCAGUUGAUGAUUCUUCUGAAUUUUUAGAACCUGUGUGCAAACACAUUAGAAAAGGAUUGGAACAGAGCAGUUUGAAAAAGGCCUUAGUGAAUGUGGAAUGGAAUGUCUGCCAAGACUGUAAGACGGACAACAAAGUAAAAGAUAAAUCUGAAGAAGAAACAGAAGAAAACCCUUCAGUCUGGCUGUGUCUUAAAUGUGGCCAUCAGGGCUGCGGCAGGGACUCACAGGAGCAGCAUGCUUUGAAGCACCAUCUGACACCGCGGUCUGAGCCCCACUGUCUGGUCCUCAGCCUGGACAACUGGAGUGUGUGGUGUUACCUAUGUGAUGAUGAGGUCCAGUAUUGUGGUUCAAGCCGAUUGGGUCAGGUGGUUGAUUAUGUUAGGAAACAAGCCUGUGUUACAACUCCAGGAUCAGCAGCAAAAGAUAAUGGUAACAUUGAACUUGAAAAUAAAAAGUUAGAAAAGGAGAGUAAAAAUGAACAGGAGAGAGAAAAAAAGGAAAACCUGGCCAAAGACGCGCCUGUGAAAUACACUUCUCAGAUCGCUGUGACGGGGCUCAGUAACUUGGGGAACACGUGCUUCUUCAACGCGGUCAUGCAGAAUUUGUCACAGACACCAGUGCUUAGAGAACUACUAAAAGAAGUAAAAAUGUCUGGAACCAUUGUGAAAAUUGAACCACCUGACUUGGCACUAACAGAGCCUUUGGAAAUCAACCUGGAGCCUCCGGGCCCUCUUACGUUGGCCAUGAGCCAGUUUCUCAGCGAGAUGCAAGAGACCAAAAAAGGAGUCGUGACACCGAAGGAGCUCUUUUCCCAGGUCUGUAAGAAAGCAGUGCGCUUUAAAGGCUAUCAGCAGCAAGACAGCCAGGAGCUGCUCCGAUAUUUGUUGGAUGGAAUGAGAGCGGAAGAGCACCAAAGAGUGAGUAAAGGAAUUCUUAAAGCAUUUGGUAAUUCUACUGAAAAAUUGGAUGAAGAACUAAAAAAUAAAGUUAAAGAUUAUGAAAAGAAAAAGUCAGUGCCAAGUUUUGUGGACCGCAUCUUUGGUGGUGAACUGACUAGUACGAUCAUGUGUGACGAAUGCAGAACGGUCUCCUUGGUUCAUGAGUCUUUCCUUGACUUGUCUCUACCAGUUUUAGAUGAUCAGAGUGGUAAGAAAAGUAUAAAUGAUAAAAACCUGAAAAAGACAAUGGAGAAAGAAGAUAACGACAGCGAGGAAGAAAAAGAUAACGACAGUUACAUAAAAGAAAGAAAUGAUAUCCCGUCGGGAACAAGUAAGCACUCACAGAAGAAAGCCAAGAAGCAAGCCAGAAAGCAAGCCAAGAACCAGCGAAGGCAACAAAAAAAUAAAGGAAAAGUUCUUCAUUUUAGUGAUAUCUAUACCUUUGACCAUCCUGAAGACAAUGAAUGUGAGGUUGAAAUGUCAAUUCAGGAAGAAGUGGACAUUAAAUCGGACCAUAUCUCGCAAGAGGAAGUUAUAAAUAAAGAAUACUGUGUUAGUCAGAAAGACUUGAAUGGCCAAGAAAAAAUGACAGAAAGUGUACCUGACAGUCAGAAAUGCAAAGAGGACGUAGAUAUGGAAAAUGUCAGCAUGGAUAAUGACCUAGAGGUUGUGUCGUCUUCUCCCACCGAAUGUCUGGGGAAGUUCAACGGCGCCUGCUUGGAAGAGGAGGGUGGCGGGGAAGCGGAUAUUUCAAGGGGUUUUAGGAACCUGAACUUGGAUGCUGUUCUUCACCCUGAUGAAAUACAUCUGAAGAUUCUGAAUGGCAGCCCCGCACCCGAGACCACGGUGUGUGAGUUUGUGAACCAGGACCCAGAAACUGCGUUCUGUGCUCUUGCGAACAGGGAAGCAUCCAGUGUUGACGAGGGUUCCAUACAACACUGUCUGUAUCAGUUCACCCAGAAUGAGCAGCUCCGAGAUGCAAACAAACUGCUGUGUGAAGUGUGCACCCGGAGACAGCUCAGCGCACCCCAGGCGAGCCUGAAAGGUGAAAAGAAACAUGUUUACACCAAUGCCAAAAAGCAGAUGUUAAUUUCUCUUGCUCCUCCUGUUCUCACCCUUCAUUUAAAGCGAUUUCAGCAGGCUGGUUUUAACCUACGCAAAAUUAACAAACACAUAAAAUUUCCGGAAAUCUUAGAUUUGGCUCCUUUUUGUACCGCUAAAUGUAAGAACGUCGCUGAGGACAGUACCAGGGUGCUGUACUCCCUGUAUGGAGUCGUGGAGCACAGUGGCACCAUGAGGUCCGGGCACUACACCGCCUAUGCCAAGGCAAGGAUGGCAAACAGUCACCUGUCGAAUCUUGUUCUCCACGGGGACAUCCCACAAGACUUGGAAAUGGAGCCAACCCAAGGGCAGUGGUUUCACAUUAGUGACACCCACGUGCAAGCUGUGCCCACAGCUCAGGUCCUGAGCUCACAAGCUUACCUCCUGUUCUACGAGAGAGCACUCUGAGUCCAUAACAGCUGUAAUGAUAAUAAACAAGUAAAGACUGGCUAAAUCACGUUCACUUAAAAUUAAGUCCGUGCCAGAAGAAAUCAUGCACUGAAGGGAAAAUACCUGCAGGUGGACCAUGGUUUUGCACCGUCGUAGCAGUUUUCAUUCCUGCUUCCAGGUUCUGGAAGGAUCUGAAUCAAGCCCUCUGCUAAUGUGUCUGUGGUGGUUACAGCACAACAAUAAACUGACUUACCCCAAAACUUGUUUUAUUCCUUAGAACAUUUGAAGUUAUACCGCCUUACCCCACCAGGUAAUAUUCGACAGCUACGGAAACUUCACUCCGUGUGGGAAUCUCAUGGCAGAAAGGUGUGUGACUCAGACACCAGGGUGUGCACAGCUGCAUGGGUACAGCCUGACUGCACCACUCGGUCAACUCACCAACCCAAGGCCACGUUCACGGACUAGAGAAGUAGGUACCAGGUCCCCCUAUGCCAGCAUGCCCGAGGGGCCUGCAAACCA